GGACUAUGAAUCUUGAAGCAUAUAAUACUAUUUUUUCUUAUUAUAUACACAUAUAUUCCCUAUAAAUAUAUUAAUAUAAGUAGUAUCUAGAAAUAUGGAUGAGAGGUAGAGAACUUUAGUACCAAUCUCAACUUAGCUAUAUAAAAGGAUUGAGUCUAUCUUGGAUGAGAUAUCUGGGUGUGGGUUGUUGCCUGCUGUUCCUCAUCUUUUUUUUGGUACUGGAUAAUAUCAUGACACACUAUAUGAUAUUCUUGUAGGGUUGUGGGACUUGAAGACAGAUUGGCCAACUGCCAGUUAAGACCCCACCACCCCACAUGCUCUCAAAUCUCUUCCCCCAUCUAGUUAAACUCACCUCCAACCCCAUGCCACUCCCUUUACCUUCCCUAUUUAUACUCCUACUUAUUACAAACCACUAAAAGAAAAAGAAGACAUUUUUAUUUUUAGAAAAACAAAACAAGCUAAACCCUUCUCAUUUUUAUUAAGUAUGGAAAUUGCAGCAGGAGAAUUAGAAGAUGAUUUGUUCUUUAAAGACUUAAGCAAGCAAAUAUCACUUCUUAUCAUGGAUGAAGAAGAAGAAGAAGAAGAAGAAGAAGAAGAGGACCCACUUGCCAAUUACCCUUCAGUUUCUUUCCAGGCUUUUUCUCAUGUAAUCCAUAAUAAUAUUCCACCAGCUGUUCAAUCUCAUCAAUUUGUGUAUGAACAAAGUUGUAAAAGAGAAAGUAGCAAAGGGACUGGUGUGUUCAUUCCUCAGUCUUCUCAGCCAAGAAGAAAGCAGAGACAUGGGAGAUCAUCAUUUGGGUCAUCAUACUAUGCAAAAUCUCACAGACAAUCUGAAAAUAAUAACAAUAAUUACCAAAACAACACAAAGAUUGUUGUGUCUCAUCAUCAUCAUCAACAAGUGGCCUCAAGUGGCUCUUUUAAACCAAAAUAUAGCAGAGUAUAGAAGGAUUAAUAGAAACUCUAAUAAUCUCUACUAAUUAAUAAAUAAAACCCCAUUUGCCCACUUCAUGUGCUAUAUACAAUAUGUAUAUGCCUGGGGUCUAAUAUAUAAUUUUCAUCAUUAUUAUAUAUAUAUAUAUAGAGAGAAAGACUACUUUUGUACAUGGGAUAAGAUCUAUAGUGUGUUAAGUGCAUGGAAAGAUUCACCAAAAGGGUGUGAAGAUCUUCUAUGGCCUAUUGUUGUGCAUGUAUGAUAUAUAGGAUAAUAGCUGAAUAAUUAAUUAUUCAUUUGAUGCUAUAGAUUAAAUAAUUCUUAUUGUUGUAGAUCUGUAUUGGCUUAUGAUUUGUUUUAAGAAAAUAUCUUGGAUUAUUUAUUUCUA